AUGUCCUCGGACGUAGCGGAGCUGGAGGAUCUCCUCCAGUCCAUGCUGAAACUCAAGCCUCCGGGCGUCUCAGGAUCCAAGAUCCAAGGCAUCACAACCCUGUGCAAUGCCAAUGUUCAGAAUGAAUCUGUUCUUAUCCAAAAGAUCUACACCCACUUCAAAAAGGCACCGGGCACUCACAAGCUGGGCGUCCUGUAUGUCGUAGACUCUGUAACCCGUCAAUGGGUAGAAGCGGCUCGCAAGGCUGGUCAGCCUCCCGGAAGCGCCGCGCCAGAUGGAACCUUCGCGGCCGGGGUCAAUCGAGUAACGGAGCUGUUGCCCGUGCUGAUGACCGACAUCAUAAACAAUGCACCACAAGAUCAAAAGGAGAAGAUCAAGAAGCUCAUCGAUAUCUGGGAGCGCGGCUAUACGUUCCCCGCGGCUAUGCUUGCUUCGUUCCGUGAGAAGUUAAACGCGCCCCCAAAUAUCCAGUCCACCACUCCGGAGGGCUCCCCGGCCCCAGGCCUGAACCCUCUGGCGUCUCUGAGCGCCAUGGCCUCAUCGCAAUUGCAGCCGCCGCAAGCGCCCGCAAAUGGCUCUGCGGCGGCUCCCGAUACCUCGAGUAUCCUAAAGGCACUGGCAGACAUGGCCAAGCAGAACACGGCGGCUCCUGCUGCUCCUGUCGCAGCUGCCCCUGCAAACCCUUUGGCCGCGCUGAACCCAUCCGCCUCGCUGCCCGGCUCCUCGGACCCGUCUCUUCCGCCUUCAGCAGUCAACCCAUAUGCGCCUUCCGGCGCCAUGGCGAAUCCUUUCGCUGCUCUCGGGCUGGGCCAGAACCCGGUCAUGCCCCAGCCUCAGAGUCAGAGCCAAACCCCCAACCCAAUGGCGUCGGCGCAGAACCCCCUGGCGGCCAUGAUGGCCCAGCCCGCCCCCGCGGUGCCGGAUGGCAACGCACUCUCACAACAGCUCCAGCUGCUGCAAUUCCUGUCUCAGCAGGGUAUCCCACAGGACCAGUGGAGCACCGCCUUGCAGCUGCUCAACAUGUCCAACCCAAUGGGUGGCGCUGCCCCCCAGAUUCCCGGAUUUGGCGCCAUGCCUGGCCCGGGUGCCGGCGGCUGGAACCACACUGAGAACCGUGAUGACCGCGGCCGCGAUCGUGAAUACCCUCGCUCUCCUCCCGGUGGCAGUAGCUAUCGCCGCCGAUCCCGUUCUCCGGGCUGGGACCGUCGUCGCACCGCCUCGCCCCCCGCCGUCGCGACAGUCCAGUCUAUGGGGAGUACCACGGCGACUCUCCGGGACGCCGUGGAGACCCCCGUGAUGCCCGUGGCUCCCGUCGGGGCCAAAGACCCCAACCUCCCCCCGCCCGGCCCCAAACUCAUCGAGUGGGACUACUCCAUCGGUGCGAAGAGUAUCAAAGUCCUUAGCCGGACCCUCUUUGUCGGCGGUGUCACCUCUUCAGAAGCCCACCUCCGCUCUCUUUUUGGAAAGUUUGGCAUUGUCCAGACCUGUAUUGUUAACAUCGAUAAGCGUCACGCUUUUAUCAAGAUGAUCAGCCGCCAGGAUGCCGUGAGUGCCCGGGAUGGCAUGGAAUCCUUCCGCUCCGGGGAAAUGCAGCUCCGCACCCGCUGGGGUGUUGGUUUUGGCCCUCGGGACUGCAGCGACUAUCAGACCGGCAUCAGUGUGAUCCCCAUCGAGCGUCUCACUGAGGCGGAUUGCAAGUGGAUGCUCACUGCCGAAUAUGGCGGCACGGGUGGCCGUGAAAUCGAGGCUGGUAUGGUCGUCGAGGAGCCCGAUAUCGAAAUCGGUGCCGGUGUCUCGUCUAAGGCCAUCAGUCGUCGCAUCGCCACCGACACCGGCGGCAAGCGUGGUCCGGUUUCUUCUCGUGGUCAGAAUCCUGACCGAUUCGCUGGCAGUGGUGCUGGUGCUGGUGCUGGUGCUGGUGCUGGAGGUGGCCGCGGCCGCCCGGAUCGUGAUGCCUAUGGUGGCGCGCCCAACCCAGGAGGCCCGGGCCGCAACGAUCGGGACAUGUCGACUGUCAAUAACCCGGCGGUCGCCCCUGCUGUCCCGGCCUAUGGCUUCAACUUCGCCAGCAUGCCCAUGCUGCCGCCAGGUUUCAUGAUGGGUGGUGCCCAAGCCGGUGCCAUGCCUACCACCCAACCCCCGCCUCCGGGACAGGGUAACUAA